AUGGAUUUCCAUAAUUCAUUAGUAUUUUUACUUAUUUUAUCUAGUCAUCUUAUUUUAAUUGAUGCCAGACAAUUUCGUGUUACUGACCAAGUGUUUUUUGAAAUCACUAGUGAAGAUAAAGUUCUUGGUCGAGUAGUGAUAGGCCUAUUCGGCGACCUUGCCCCAAAGGCUGUCAAAAACUUCAAAGUUUUAGCCUCAAAAGGUAUAAAUGGGAAGUCUUACAAGGGCACCUCAUUUAAUAGAAUAAUCAAACGAUUUAUGGUACAAGGUGGUGAUGUAGAGGCUGAUGAUGGAACCGGCUCUAUCAGCAUUUAUGGCGAAACAUUCCAUGAUGAGAAUUUGGAGACACAACAUAGUGGCGCUGGAUUUGUGUCAAUGGCUAAUAAAGGUCCGGACACAAAUGGCUGUCAAUUUAUUAUUACUACCACAGGAACACCUUGGUUAGAUCAUUUGCAUACAGUAGUCGGAAAGGUGGUGGACGGGCAAAACGUGGUGCAUAUGUUGGAGCACACCCCUACUGACGUGGACGACAGGCCACUAAUGCACGUGUAUAUCUCAGACUGUGGCUUGGUGCCAACCCUUGAGCCUUAUUACAUUUCUGAUGACCCUUAUGAUUUAUGGGCGUGGAUCAAAGCAUCAGCGGUUCCUCUAACCAUGUCUUUUUCAAUCCUCGGCUUCUUCCAAUGGAUGAUGAGGAAGAUGGAAAUAUAG